UGAAUUGAAGUUAAAAGCUCAUGAGACGCUUCCAUUUUCAAUAUCAAUAUUUUUAUUUGAGAAGAUUUUGUUCUUGUUUUGUGGAAACGGAGUUCAUAAAAUAUAUUUUGUUCAAAUAAUUAAGAAAGGUGAUUUUUUUCAUAAAAAAGUAAUACGGAUUAAAUAUUUCUAUACUUAUUACUUCAAUUGUGGACAAAAUGCUGAGAAUUCGACUUAAACGAAGUCCUGCAAGAAAAGAAUGGACUUGUUGUUUUGGAUUACAUGUUCAUACUGUAACCAUAAUAAUUGGACUCUGGCAUCUCUUUCUUAAUUGUCUUGCUUUAAGCCUUUUGGCUGUAAUAUGGCACAAUCCACAAAUGGUCGAGGAACUUGAAAACAGCUAUGAUUAUUCCGUUGAUUUAAAUGCCCCAGCGUUGCCAACGCCACUAAGCAAGAUUGAUACACCAAUUGCUUAUCGCGAUCAUUCAUUAAAUUAUCAAAAUUUCGAUAUGGGUGGCUUAGUUUGUCUUUGCAUGAUUACAAUUACACUGAUGAUGAUAUACGGCACAAUUAAGAGCAAACCUUCUCACAUAUUGCCAUUCUUUUGCUUGCAGCUUUUCGAUUUCGCUAUUACAACUCUCACUGCGGCUGGGUAUUUAUGUUAUCUACAAUCGGUACAUAAUCUUGUUGCUAGAAGCCACCGCCUUCCAUGGAGGGAGAAGUUAUUGGAACUUUCACCAAAUGCUUUAGUUUUGCUAGUUGUUAUUGCAUUCGUAAGCAUUGUCUUUAUAAAAGCCUACGCAAUUGGUAUCGUAUGGCGUUGCUAUAAGUACUUGACAUUGCGACAACAUAACAUGCGCUCAUUAAUGCCAUGUGUUAUGCAUGAUGCUGCAGUUAACAUGGUAGCCGAUCAAACUGCUUACACAACUAUUUUACCAAACUAUGAUGAGGCAAUUGCUCAGUACAUGAAACAAGUUCCGCCACCAUCUUAUCAAGUUGCCAUAUCUAACAUAAACGAUGAAAAUAUUCCGCAAAAUAGAACCAACAAUAAUAAUAAUAACUCUCUUGUUAAUGCAGAGACAGCCACUUCGCAAGUUGAGCCACCGCCUUACAACGAAAAUCUUAUCGGUAAUAAUAACUCAGAAGUUCUUUCGGUUUCGUCCACCCCAAAUGUAUCAUCUUGAAGCAAUAAAUUUUAAACAGGGGACCGGAAGAAACCGAAGACGAGAUAUUUUACUUAAAAUUCAAUUUUAAUAAAAUAUAUUAUGUAAGCAUGUUUUAUUAAUUAAUAACUUUUCAUGCGCGAAGGAUGUAGUAAUUAAAAUGGAAAUUUGAUUAUGGCAUACAAAAGAAAGGUGUGCAUCAUUGGUUGUUAUUUUAUAUUAUUGUAAUGGAAAAUAUUUUAGUUUCAGAAUUAGUAUGCUCAAAUUAAAUUAUAAUAUUUAUCAAAAAUGAUAACCAAAUAGUUGGAAUAAUAAAAUAAUAAUGUAAUAUAAAAAAAGUGUCA